AUGCCUCCCAGUGCAGUCGCCCAUGGCGACGUAGAAGCGCCAGCCAAAGAGCUGAGCCCAUAUCGCGUCGGCUUUGAAGAGCUGACCAAGGCAAAUGAGGAAAAGGACAUGGAGUUCUAUAACAGGGUCGGAAAGGCCGGGGGCCUGGCCAGGUUGUUGGGUAGUUCGCCGGACCGAGGCCUCAAUCCUGACCCAAACGCCACAGGUCACGACUCAGUCUCUGAGCACCGAAGAAUAUUCGGCGCUAAUAAGCACGCCGAGGUGCCUCCUAAGAACUUCUUCGUCCUCGUGUGGGAAGUAGUGCAAGACCCCAUCCUCAUAUUGCUGAUUGCGGCGGCUGCGGUCUCAACCAUUUUGGGUUCAGCUAUUCCCGAGGAACGGAAAAAAAAUCACUGGAUCGAGGGUGUUGCGAUUUGGGUCGCUGUCAUUGUGGUGACGCUCGUCGGUGCCGGUAAUGAUUACUCUAAGGAUUUGCAGUUCCGCAAACUCAACGCCCAAAAGGACCGGAUCCAGAUCAAGGUCAUACGCGGUGGCGAGCAGAUCCUGGUGGAAAACACUGACCUAGUGGUGGGGGAUAUUGUGAUUCUGGACACGGGAGACAAAGUUGUCGCCGAUGCCAUCGUGCUGGACAGCCAAGGGUUAACCAUGGAUGAGGCGUCGCUGACGGGCGAGAGUGACCCGAUGAAAAAAAACAUCAAUGAAGACCCGUGGGUCAUGUCGGGCACACAGGUGACCGAGGGCAGCGGCCAUGUGCUGGUGAUUGCGGUGGGCCCGAACAGCACCUGGGGUAAGACGAUGGCGCUCGUGACGGAGGCAGGAGACGAUGAGACGCCGCUGCAGGAGAAGCUUGGUGUGCUGGCUACUGCCAUUGGAAAGAUUGGCUUUCUGGUUGCUGUAUGCUGCUUCAUCGCGCAGCUCAUCAAGUGGUGUGUGGUGAAUAAGGGCUUCCCAAUUAAGAAAAUCAACGACAACGGUCCCAUUCAGUUUUUCCUGUACGCCAUUACCAUCAUUGUGGUGGCAGUGCCUGAGGGCUUACCUCUGGCGGUUACCAUCUCCCUGGCUUACUCCAUGAAGAAGAUGAUGACCGACAACAACUUUGUCCGCGUGCUGGCGGCUUGUGAGACUAUGGGCGGCGCCACCGCCAUUUGCUCGGACAAGACGGGCACCCUGACGGAGAACCGUAUGACGGUGGUUGAGGGCUGGUUUGGGGGUAAGAAGUACGACCAGGCGCCUCGAAGCGGUGACCUGCAACCCGAGCUCCUGGAACACCUUAAGAUGAACUGCGCUCUCAACUCCAAGGCUUUCUACACGGUGGAGAAGGACGGCAAGAUGGCGUUUGUGGGCAACCGUACGGAGUGCGCACUGCUGCUGCUCAUGAACAGGGAUCUGGAGUCGGACUAUAAGGCCUAUCGGACGCAGCACGAGAGGAGCGUGGAGAAGAUUUACGGCUUCACGUCCGCCAAGAAGAUGGCCUCCGUACUUGUACGAUUAGGGGACAAGUACCGCCUGUAUAACAAGGGCGCGGCGGAGUGGGUGCUCAAGCGGUGCAGCCGGUGCAUCACACAGGCAGGCGUCGUGGAGAUGACUCCAGCACUCCGCGGGCAGUUGUUGGACGAGGUAACCGCCAUGGCCAAGCGCGGCCUUCGAUGCAUCUGCCUGACCUACGCGGACUUUGCGCUUGUGGACCCCAAACGACCCGCGGACUUUUUCGAGGACGUUGACAACGUUGACAACGACCUGACGUGCAUCGGCAUCGUGGGUAUCAAAGAUCCUGUUCGCACUGAGGUGCCGGAUGCAGUUCGUACUUGCAAACGUGCGGGUAUCACCGUACGGAUGGUGACGGGCGACAACAUUCACACUGCACGACACAUUGCGCGGGAGUGCGGUAUCCUGUACGACAUGGGGCCCGGGAAGCCAGAGCCUGUGGCCAUGGAGGGCCCGGCGUUCAGAGAUAUGCUCAAGGAGGACUCCUUCGUGGCGCUUCGUACGGAAGUUUCUAAGGAGGCUGCCGAUAUCGUUAUCCUGGACGACAACUUCUCCUCCAUCGUCAAGUCGGUGCUCUGGGGUCGCUCCGUGUUCGCCAACAUCCGCAAGUUCCUCCAAUUCCAGCUAACGGUGAACUUCGUGGCGCUGGUGACCGCCUUCGUCGGGGCUGUUGCGGGGGGACAUGAGCCGCUCAACAUCCUGCAGCUGCUCUGGGUCAACCUCAUCAUGGACACCAUGGGCGCUCUGGCCCUGGCCACGGAGGACCCCCAUCCGGCCCUUCUGUUGCAACGACCUAACGGCCGUACGGAACACCUGAUCAACUGGAAGAUGUCGAAACACAUUUUCGUUCAGGGCUGCUACCAGAUGCUCUGGAUGUUCCUGUGCCUGUAUCUGCUGCCCAUGGGCCCCAAGGGUCUGGAGAGAUAUCUCGUACACGACAAACAGACGUACUACCAGCUAGAGUGCGCUAACAAGGCAGGGCGAGCUCUAUCAGGCAAAGUCAACAUAACGGCCGCUACGUUGCCGAACGCCGUCGAGCUCGCGUGCAACGCCGUGUCGUACUGCGGCUUUCCGUACAACGCGUCUGGAGGGUCCUGCGUGCUGAAGAAUGAAUGGGCGCCAGCUGCCGUACCGACGGACAUGGGUACGGCACUGUGCAAAGGAGCGUACGGCAGGAACACCACGGAUUGCGACCGCUUCCAGUGGGUUAAGGCCGUGGACGGCUACAUGGACGAUGAAUACAAGGACUACAACGAGGAUGAGUACAAGCGACCUCUGUCCCUCCUCUUCAACAUCUUCAUUUGCACGCAGGUUGCCAACGAGAUUAACGCCCGUCGUAUUAACGACGAGUACAAUGUCUUUGAGGGGUUCUUUGGCAAUUGGAUCUUCCUGGCUGUUAUCACCAUCACCAUGGGUCUACAGGCGAUUAUCAUCAACUUCCUGGGGCUAUUCUUCAAGGUGGAACCGCUGGAUUGGCAGGAGUGGCUUGCGUCCAUCGCUAUCGGUACUGGCGCCUGGCCCGUCAGUUUCCUCACCCGCCUAAUCUCCAGGUGUACGAGGGUUAUGUACGGACAGUAUUUUCCAACGGCUCUUGAGGAGCGCUUCUGUCAUUUGCGCGUCAGCAGAGUUAAGAGUUUCGGGCUCGUACGGCAGGACUCGCCUUACGCUCCUUUACGAGGUUGUAACGCAGCAUAA